AACGAGGAUUUUUAAAUGUGUUUUGUUUAUACUUAAAAUGUACUUCCAUCAUGUGAGGAAAAGAGUGCAGUGUUUUAUUAUGUGAUUACAUGUCUUUAUAGUGUUUACGUGAUUUUUGAACUGACGUAUUUUUUGCUUCGUUGCGAAACUGGCAUUGCUCGAGUUCGAGUUUGUGACAUUGAAAAAAACCAGUGUGAUUAAAAAAACGAUUAAUAAACGUUGGUGUUGAAAGUGUCUUAAACUCCUUGUGAAUCAUAGACAAUAUUAACUUUUUAAAAUGAAAGACUUUGGUCAGAUCUGGGGCCGAGUGGCGGGUCGGCGAUUUUCCGGUGUCAACACUGAGUUGAAGGAGAUCGGUAACAAUCGAUUGACGAAGGGCGAUUUUGACACGUCGACUUUCGAAUCGAAUAUCGCCGAGUGCGAGGGACUGAACAAUAAGUUUGAGGACUUUGAGUUUAAUGAGAGGAAAGAUGCGAUUAUCAAUCGAUUAUUCGAGAGGAGGAGAAAUGGACAGCUCACCAGGCAACCGAAAUGUCUGUUUAUACUUCUGAUGCUGGGAUUCUUCGCUAUCGGUGCUGGCUGUUUCAUCUUAAUAGCACAUCCCUACGAAUUCCUCUUUAAACAGAAAGUAGUUCUCCAAGAUGGCGGCGAGAUUUUCGAAAUGUGGAAGAAACCGGAAGUCGACUUGUACAUCCGUAUAUUCCUGUUCAACGUGACGAAUGCCGAGGAGUACAUGGCGGGUAAUGCCGAAAAAAUAGUCGUGAAAGAAGUGGGACCGUAUGUUUACAGAGAAGACCUAGAACACAAAAUAGUGAAGUUUAACGACAACGGGACGAUAUCUGCCAUCCCCCGCCACCCCCUCACGUGGGUCGAUGACCUCUCUGAGGGGAACAAGGAGGACGAUCUUCUGUUUCUGCCCAACAUAGCUUUACUGAGCAUAGCAGACGUAGUAGCGAAACAGUCUCUCCUCACCCGCUUCGGUCUGAACAACCUCAUCUCAAUCGGCAACAUCCAGCCCCUGGUGCAGAUGACAGCUAAAGAGUUCAUGAUGGGAUACAAGUCCAACCUUAUGACACUGGGCAACACUUUUAUGCCUGGCUGGAUAUACUUUGACAAGCUGGGACUCAUUGAUAGGAUGUACGACUUCGAAGGCGACUACGAGACCAUUUACACCGGCGAGGCCGACGUCCGAGACUCCGGCCUCAUAGACACUUAUCGCGGGUCCAAAGACCUCCCCCAAUGGCAGGGGACUCACUGUUCUAAUGUGCAAGGGGCGUCUGAUGGCACCAAGUUUAGAGGAGGCGUUACGAAGAACGAGUCGCUGCUGUUCUUUAGGAAGAGUUUGUGCCGCGCUGCGCCUUUGGUCCCAGUGGAAGAAGGAGUGAAGAGUGGCCUGAAAGCCUAUAUGUACACGUUCCCUGAACAUCUGUUCGACAACGGCAAGCAUAUACCAGAGAACAAGUGCUUCUGUAGAAAUGGCAACUGUCUUCCGGAAGGCCUGAUCGACGUGACCGAGUGCUACUACGGGUUCCCCAUCGCGCUGUCCUACCCCCACUUCUAUAAGGGGGACGACGUGCUCUUCAACAAGGUGAAGGGACUCAGUCCAAAUAAGGAGCUGCAUGAGACUAGAUUCUGGGUCCAGCCUGAAUCCGGUCUUCCUCUCGACGUCAGCGCCAAGAUCCAAAUCAAUAUGGCGCUCGGAGACCUCAGCAAAAUCACCAACGCUGACCGCUUCUCCAACGUGUACUUGCCCAUGCUUUGGUUUGAUAUUAGAAUGUACUCUCUCCCGAAGUCCUUAGAAGAGCGCUUCAAGAUGUAUCUAAACGUGCUCCCAUUUGUAGAAGAAGGAGCACUGUACGUUCUCUUCUUAACUGGCUCCCUCCUCAUCCUCCUGUCUGUCUACCGGCUGGCCUUCAAGAUCAUGUUUAAGACCUUCGACGGAAAGAAGAAGCAGAAAAACUACAUCAUAGCAACAAACCAAAAGGACAGAGCUAAGAAACCUCAAAAUAUAUACGCUCCUUGUGAAAUAGCACUUAAUGAUACAGAAUCAGAUAAUUCAGAUCCUCAAUUCGAUGAAGAAAGACGGCCAUCAUUCUUCAAAACGCACAGUGACAGAAUAAAAGAACUUAGCCAUAGAUUAGGUGAUAAAGUGUACGAUUCCGUCGGUAGCGUCAAAGAUAGGGUUACUGAAAUUAUUCAUGUGCAAAAAGUUUUUGAUAAUAGAAAGAAUUCGCUCAUCACAAAAGAUGAAUCUAUAGCUAAUGAUGGUUUUAAAAGUGAUUCUUCUGGAGAUGAAAGGACAGCUAACUAUGAAGCAGUUAGACAAUCUGAUAGCGAAGAUGAGUGUAGGUAUUUAGAAGUUCUAGACGAUGACAUUGAGUUUGAUGAGCCGGUUAAUAGUUUCCAUUUAAGGAGAGGGUCACAGUUUAAAGAUUUAGAUGCAAAUGAAGUUAUAGUACAGAUUUCUGAUUAGUUAUCUGAUGAAUAUAUAUUUGGUCCAUGACGUUGAUCGAAUAUCUGGGAAAUAUAGAAAUGAAACUAAAAGCUGUCGCUUUUAAGUUAUGUUAAAGGGUUCCAAUUGUCACCCUUCGGGUACGGAACCAUAAAAAGAGCCUGAGUGUGCCAAUAAGACCAAUAGAAAUGUUAUAUAAGAUUUAAAACUGAGUUUUGAGGACAAAAUAGAUGGUGUGGUAGAACAAAAUUAAAUAUUAUUAUUUAUAGACAGCUUAUAAUGAUCAGAUAAGUUUUCUAAAUAUUUUAUAGGAAUCAAAAUUUUGGUCUGCCAUUUUUGGACUGUGAUAAAAAAGCAUGAAAAUAACAGCACAAAAAAAAAGAAUAUCUUGCCAUACUUAAUAAAAUAUUGGAUGUAGAUGACAUUAAACAAAUUGGAAAUUACACGACUGAUGAAAUUGCUCAAUGUUUAUAUGAGAUUGUACGUAAAAGUACUGAUUGUAUAUUUUGUAAAUAAAAAAAGUAUUAUUAAUUAGAUUAUAAUAUUAUUUUUACUUGUAAGAUGCGAUUACAUUCCUAGCCUGCUCAAUGUAGAAUAUAGGUAUAAGUUAUAACUAUAAACUUUUAUUUUAAUCGAUUUUAUGCCAGUGACAUUUUGAAAAUCUAUUAUAUUGUUUUCGUUAUGUUAACUUGCACCUGCAAUUCUCAACUAAAUGAAAUGGUAUAAAAAUCAUAUAAGGUGUAAAAAAGUGGAGAUUCGUCUGAAGGCAUAUUCGAUAUCGUGUUCUGAUUAGGAAAAGAAGAUUUUUUUUCCUUUGUGUGGAGCGAUGGCCGACUUAAACGACCUGCUUCAUAUACCAUUAAAUAUUUUUAGUGUUCCGUGCAAAACUUUGUUUUGACAAACGGAACACUUAUGGGAUCACUUCGGUCUUGCAAAUCAGUUAAAUGCGUUUUUUUCUUCUACUUUUCCUAAUCAGAACAAGACACCGAAUAUGCCCUUAAACGGAUGCUUAGGGAGAACAACUGGUAUAAAAUACAUGUCUUCCAAUUAUUUAGGUACUUAAAUAAUUUAUGACCUAAAAUAUGUAAGUAGGUAAUAAAGUUAUGUAUACGAGUUAAAAGAAGACUACUUUCGUACAAGUUGUUUCAGUGUUCUUUUAAAAUACAUUCUAGAAUGUAUUUUUAAAAAUGAUAUCAGGUAUCAGGGAGACUUGAUCCUGGGAAGGACUUGGUCACCUAAAUAAAAUAAUUAAUUGCCAAUAAAUAAAAAAAUAACAGUCCUAAAAGGAACCUAGAAAAUUUAAAUAUAAUAUAAUUAAAAAAAGCGCUAAAAUGUUAUAAUUUUGACAACGUAGAAGAGUUAGAAUUGCUAUUUGCUAUUUUGAAAUAAAUUAGAAAUUUAAUAACCUUAUAAUUUAGGGGACCAAGUCCCCCUAGGAUCAAGUCAGCCCAGUCUCCCCUUCAUCACCGUUGAAUUAUGUCAACUUAAUUAUCAGUGCCAAUAUUAAAAAAGUUGAUACCUAUUGAUUAGAUACCUUCGAGCAACACCGGCUUCCGACACGUCGGACCGGAGGAGCCCAAGCGAUAUCUUACCGUAGAAAUCGUUCUGCCAUUUUUGCGGGGGGAAACGUGCACACAGUCACACUUCUCGCUCGGGGAAACAUGCACACAGUUACACUUCUCGCUCGGGGAAACGUGCACACAGUCACACUUCUCGCUCGGGGAAACAUGCACACAGUUACACUUCUCGCUCGGGGAAACGUGCACACAGUUACACUUCUCGCUCGGGAAAACGUGCACACAGUUACACUUCUCGCUCGGGGAAACGUGCACACAGUCACACUCCUCGCUCGGGGGAAACGUGCACACAGUUACACUUCUCGCUCACUACAUACAAAAUCCAAUCUGUAAUGACACAAAUACAUAGAAAAUUACACACGUCAAGCACACCUCGAUAUCUUUUUUUGUACGGAUGAGUCACAACACGCACCGCACUAGUUGUGAGUUGUGAGCCCGCCCUGCUGGGCAUGUGCUUCGGCAGAUAAGAGAAAUAGUGCGAAUGCAGACUCCCUUCCCGGUGUUGCUCGAAGUUAGACACAGUCAAAAUCUUAUAUCGAUGCAACCAAUGUAGAAAAACAAUUUACAUCAUUAUCAUAGUAGGUAUAGCAAUAGGGAAUAUUACGCGAAACUGCAUAGGGGGCGCCACUACCACAAUCUGAGGGUCUAUCGCGAAAUAAGAAAAUCGAAAUUUCGUUAUAUAACUUCUGUCACUUGCAUAUUCGAGCGAUAAAGCAGAUAGCGAAAUUUCGGAUUCGCGUUUCCCGGUAGGUCCUCUGUAAAUAAACCGCCUUGAUGCAUCAAUGUCAUAUUUUACUAUAUGAAAACUUGUCAAAAACCUGUUAACCUUUUCGACGCCGUGUCAAACACAAAAGCUGUCACUCGGACGCCACGUCACCGAAGUGUCAAAAAUGUAAUUGGACUUUAUGCUCAUGCACGUAGGUCUAUGUUGCUCUGUGGUAUGUGACGGAUUAAUCCGUCUUUGGCGUUGGACCUGCGGUGCCGAUAUAUCCGUCAUUGGCGUCCAAAAGGUUUAAGGUAUGUAUAAGUAUCUCUAUGGUUUACUAAAGGGCCUAAUGCUGCUCUGGUGGCAGAACAUUGCAGUAAUACCCCCUAUUCCGAAAACGUCUGAAGUUUCCUCUUAGGAAGUUCCCGUUCAGAUUAUCACUGUUCUUAACUGUUGACGACUGUUUCAUUUAACAUUUGCCCCACCUUAAUAGUGAAGAGGCUAUCGUUACUCCACAAUAAUUGUGUCGAGAGCUCCGCUUACGUCACUCUAAUAGAGUAUAUUUCAAGUGUCAUAGAAAUCGAAACUAACUGUAAGAGGAUUUGGCAAUAAACGUGUAGAAAAAAUGGGAACUGCAAUUUUAUUAAAUUAUCUUUAACACAUUGCUAAGUAGGUACAAAGGUAGUAUAUAUAUUAUAAUCCAUACUAAUAUGUGCUAAUAUUAUAAAUGUGAGUCUGUUUGUCUGUCUGUGUGUUACCUCUUUACGCUUAAACCGCUGAACCGAUUCAGCUGAAAUUUGACAGAGAUAUAUGAUCUGUGGAGAUAGUUUGAGUCCCGGGGAAGGACAUAGGAUAGUUUUUAUCUCGGAAAUGAUAAUUUAAGAGGGUGAAAAUUAUCUCACUUUCUAGGUGGUUGAUGUAUCGCCUGACAAUGAUGUAACUAUUAUGCUCAGAUUGAAUCUUUGCCUUUACAUUUUAUCAAGGCUUUAGAAAUUAGAAUUGUCUCUCAAAAAUGGUUAUAAGGUAGUUGCAUCAAUAAAAAGCAGUCUGUAAAAAAGAAGCUACCCAAAAUACUAAUUCUACACAGACGAAGGCAAACGCGGGCAAAAGCUAGUAAUAUAUAAGUGUGAGAGAUGAUAUGAAUAUGAAACGAAUGCGAGUGAGUGAUGAGAUGACGGGCGAGAGAGAGGUAUGGAAGAAAAAGACAUGCUGCGCCGACCACGAAUGAAUGGGAUAAGGGCAAGCGAAUGAUGAUGAUGAUAUAAGUAUGUAUAUUUUUGGAAAAUUGGCUGCAUCGAUAUUUAAGAUAGACAUAAGACGUUAUCUUCAAUUAACCCAAAUAGUUCAACCGAUAGCAUUAUUCAUCGAUUAAAUGUAUAGUGUGUUAAAUAAAUUUUAAGGUGAUUGUAUUAUAUAAUACCUAGUACUAUGUAGUUAGGGUACACAGCAUUUGUCGAAACCUAAUCGGCUUAAGCCGAUCAGAUAUAACUCCGUAAUAGAUGGAUACAGUCUAAGGAAAAAACGUGCCUCGAAAAUCACGAAAAUUUGAUUCUCGAUCAGAUGGCGCCACUAGUUUUGGCCUACUCUCGUAUAGAGGGCGUUGACGGUUUCGUUUGUUAUUUAUAAUUUUAACGCAUAUCAGUGAAAGAACAUGGGUCAAAAUCAUAUAAAAAUAAUUAAUGCAAAUAAAAAGUCAUUUAUCCAUAUUUAAAUACAUUUUAACGUAUUUUUAUAAAUCUUCAUUUUUAGUUUUAAAUUACGUCGAUAGAUGGCAGUGAAUUUACAGUGGUUACAAAAUUUACUAUGACAGUACCGCUCAAUCUUAUUAUAUCCUUUUUGGAUAAAGUUAUAUGUACUAUGAAUAUGUUAUAUGUGACAUUGGUAAGAAACUUACCUAAUACUUCGUUUUCUUAACAUGAUAUAAAGGGUAAACAAUCUCGACGUGUAUUUUUAUUGAAAAACACCUUUGAAAAAUAAGUCACAGCAAAUAUUUAAGAAUUAUAUACUCAUAGCAUAUAUGAUCAACGGAUCAUUUAUAAUCUUUUGGGGUCAUAAGUAUUUUUUAAAACGUUUUUCAAUAUGACACACGUCAGGCGCGUCAAGAUUGUUUACCCUUUUUCAAAUCCAAGCAUAAACAUUCUAGGUCUGUGUUCAAAUCCUAAAUAUCGAAGUAGCUAAAGUUUAUUUUGUAGUUUUGACAGUUAUAAAUUAACCCUUAUAUGAAUGAUGGCUAAAAAAUAAGUGCAUUCCCGUUGCCAGGGAGGUUUUGGGAUUAUACUGAGCAACUUUUACUAUGGGACCAACCCCGAAAUCGCGAAAAAAAAAUUGGGUGUUUCUUACAUUUUGGCUGGUCCAUUUUCUAUGGGAGGGUAAAUUUUUUUCGCGAUUUCGUGGUUGAUCCCAUAGUAUAAUCCCAAAACCAAAACCUCCCUGGGGAAGGGGAAUAAUGCACUUGUUUUUAGCCACCUUGUAUAUGACACUAAGGCUAUCAGUUAAACGGUAAGAUAUAGCUUCGUAAAUAUGAGGGUCAAUUUAUAAGUGUCAAGAUUGACUUCUUAAAUUACAGCGACUCCCUAACAGCAUGUAUAACGUCAUUAUGACGUCAGCGAAAUCAUUGUAACGCCAUAAUUACGUCAUUAUGACGUCGCUGACGUCACUUUGCUACCUGCUAUAAUAUGGUAAGGUUUGCAGAUUCUUUAUUUACUUUAUUAAGAAGUUAGAAGUUGUCACUGAGUCGGUCACUUUUUGAAAAUUUACCACAACUUUCUGUAGAAUGUUUCCAAUACGAAAUUUUAAGUAUGUCAAUGGCUCAAGCCGAUUUCAAUUCGAUAAAUGCGAAGCCCUUAAAGACUUGCAAUAAAGCGAACCUUUAAGCUACUCAUUGUGAUAACUAAAUAUCGUCGCUAUACUUACUCAACCUCAUAUCUGCAACAAUCAUUUGAUGGAAAUGUCGCUUUUCUUUCAUUCGGAAUACGGGUGUUUUUGUCAUCAAAUGAGUGUUGCAGAUACGAGGUUGAGUAAGUAUAGCGGCGAUAUGUUUUAAUACUGAAUAAUAAUUAAAAGUAUUUUACUGUACUUUACAGAAAUGCCUAUGUUUGUAUUUAAAAAAUUGGUAUUUGGUAAUGUUUACACAGUAAUAUGAAGAAAAUAAAUGGAUUUUAAUGUUU